GCUCAUUUUGGUGAACAGCUCCGAACCGAUCAGCUCACCAAAGUGAAUCGAUUCGAUGUAUCAGCUCAUCAGCUCUUUUAGUUUGAACUUAAGGUUCAUUUUGUGCGCCGCUUUUCUUAUGCACCGGUUUUCUUUCAUAUGCACGAUCGAAAUUGAAUCAUUGAUUUGCAAUGAUGCAAUGAUUGCAAUGCGAAUUAAUUUAUCUUUAAUUGAUGUCGACUAAAUUGAAUCUCUUAAAGAGCCGAAGAUCCGAUCAGCUCGUAGCGUGUUCCCUUCGUCAUAAUGCAGUGAACUGGGUAGCAAAUGAGUGAGCUGGUGAGCUGCGGUUCUUUUGAAAAGAGCUGUGAGCUGUCAGCUCACUUCAAUGAUUCGAUUCACUGGAACAGCUCAGGAGCGAAUUGCCCAUCUCUAGUCAGUACAGUGAUGGCGUUCGAAGUGGUUUGAUGUCUGUAUAGUUAUUACGGUGCUGCUUUAGUUGAGCUACGUUGCUUUUCGUAGUUUACGAUUCGGUCUCUCAUUCAUCAUCCGUUCGUUCGCGUUUCAUUUCGUUUGACGGUGUUUUCGCGCGAUCUGAAACUCGUGUGUUAUUUUGUUUUGCCUGUUUUCGCAUGUGAGUGAAGUGUUGCGAAAUUUGGUUAGAAAUUCCUUGCAUUCGUUGUUUUGAAACUAGCAGAGAGAAAGGAAAAGGAUAUCGUUCCGGUAUCUAUCGUUAGGAGAACGGAAUCGACAGGACAUUAGUGUUUUCUCAUAGAUUACGUUGAAAAGAGAGAAGCGCAACGACAAGGCAAGAGCUAGAAACUAUUUACGAUUGCGAUUUUGCAACAUCGCGAAACUCAGUGGAUUUUGUCAGAGAAGGUCGGUCUAAAUUAGUCGCUAGCCUUGAUCGCCGGCGUGGUAAAACGGGAAACGGUUUUGAUUCUGUGAGUUAGUUACUGUUUGUGAGAAAAAGAGUGAUUGCAUCAAUAUCAAAACAACGGAGUCUGGUGGCAUAAGAUUGUGCAAUUGUUAGUUCACCUGAUAAAUGUUUAGUUAACGUGGAAGAGUUUUCUUGGCGAUGCAUUGAAGUAUGAUGCCGAAGUUCGUCGUUGUUGCAGGAAAAUUCAUGUUCUAGUGUGAAAUUUGUUACAAAACUGCGAAACCGGCUUCAAAAUGUCUCAUUCAAAGCUGUGAGCAAUUAGUGGACGGAGCGUUCAGGAUAAUAACGGAAGAUUUAUUGUGCUGUAUUCUUAAGAAACCAACUCAGAAAAAAAAGUUUGUUUUGUAAAUAAUAAUAAUAAUAAUAUAAGUAGUUAACAGUUGGUGCUUCCUAAUCUCGACGAAUCGCGAAAAUGGAUACGCUAAAUACACCCGCCAUGGUUCCAACCGGAAUCGAUUUCGCUCGAUUGCUGCUUAGCAAACCGGAUGAACCGUCCACAUCGUCGCCCCAGUUGAUUCCGGUGACGGUAACUUCGGCUGGCACGGUGACCAUCCCGACGACGGUGACGUUCGUAAACAACUCGGGUUCGGUUGCACUAGCGACGGCAGCGGCAGCAGCUGCUGCUGCGGCUGCCUCAUCGGGAUCCAGUUCCUCGUCAGCUACUAGUCUAGCGUUAGCCGGUUCCGCAUCUGCGGCCAGUAACGGCCCCGCAAAUAAAAAGUGUCCCUAUCAUCGACAGUGCUAUCGGAACCAUCACAAUAACCAACAGCAGCAUCAGCAGCAGCAGCAGUCGCAACAUCAGCUGCAGCUAAACGGAAAUCGUAGAACGGUCAAUACUGGCGGUGGAAUCAGUUCUGCGGCACUGUAUCCCCAGCGUGAUGCCAUAUCGACCAAUGCCGCUCCGCCAAUGAAUGCUGCCGUUCUCGCAGAGCGUUAUCUAUUGCUCGACAUCGUAGAAGGAAGUUCGCUUUAUCGUUGUAUCGAUAUCAAAACGCAGGAGGAGCUAGUGUGCAAGAUCGCCAACAAUCCAUGUUCUAACUUGCUGACUGCUCAUUUCCGGCUCGACGGGCAUCAACAUGUGAACUUUUUGCACAAAGUCAUACAAGGAAGCAAUCAAACGUAUCUGUUCUUUGCUCCGUCACAGGGCGAUCUUCACUCACACGUUCGCGUCCGUAAACGUUUGCGUGAACCGGAAGCCCGCCGGCUGUUCCGUCAGAUGUGCGAGGUGGUGAAAACUUGUCACGAACAGGGUAUAGUGCUACGUGAUCUCAAGCUGCGAAAGUUCGUGUUCGCCGACAAAGAAAGAACCCACCUGAAGCUGGAGUCGCUCGAAGAUGCCGUCGUGUUGGAUGAUCCGACGGAAGACCUGCUGCAGGACAAGCGGGGCUGUCCCGCCUAUGUGUCGCCGGAAAUACUGAAAGCGAACACCACCUACUCUGGGAAGGCAGCCGACAUGUGGUCCCUCGGUGUGAUCCUGUACACAAUGCUCGUCGGAAGAUAUCCCUUCAACGACUCGGAGCACGCGUCGCUGUUCGCCAAAAUUAGCCGUGGCCAGUUCACCGUUCCUGACUGUUUGUCAUCCAAGGCAAAAUGUAUGAUCCGUGCCCUGUUGCGACGGGAACCGGAGGAAAGAAUUACCUCGGAGGACGUUCUGUUCCACUCCUGGUUGCAGCACGACGACAGUCGAGAUCAGUUGACGUACGUCAGCCGUUCCAACCCAUCCGCACAGAUCGACGAUCAAUGCGUACCCGAAUGGAUCGAUCCGAGUGGAGAGCUGGAAUUGAACAAAGUGCAUGGUGUUCAGCUGACGUCAUCCGGUCGCUACGAUGAUGCUGCCGAACUGGUCUAAGAUGGACCAGUAAUCCGUGAUCGCCAAAUGAGAAUGAAUCAAACACAGCAUUCGCGCAUGGAAUCGUGAAUGUCAUGGAAAAUAUUUUUUUCUAUUCGAAGUCGCACGCACCUGUUGGAAGAACGCAAAUGAUUUUAUUAUGUUUUAUUUCAUUGUUUUCGCUUAUUUUUUUUAUUUAGACGUAAGUUCGAUUAUUAGGCGAUAAGAUUUUUUUCUAUUUAUUUUUUUUUAUCCGCAAAAGUAGCUCGUGUGCGAAGCCUCGCGAAUUAUUUUUAUUUGCAAGUGCAUAGUUGUUUGCACUGUUCUGAACCGGCACCGUUCAGUGGCCAUCAUGAUCUCAGCUGGUUUCAUGAAGACUAUAGGAUUUUGUCCGUUGUUGUUUAUCAUUUGUCGUACAAACGUGGUGUUUCUGGAUUUGAAAAAAAAUCAUUACCUAAUAUUAUUUUUCUCAUUUUGAUUUAUAUUCCUGAAUAGAAGAGCUUAAGUUGUUAACACUGUGAUAUUCGUUCUCACAACUAAUGCAAUUUUAAUAACAAUAGCCUUCGAAGGAUGAAGGGAGUCAGGAUAAUGACAGAACGAACUCGACUCCAACAUAAACGUCUUAAUUACCCUAUUUUCAAUUUCGAUUACUCUAAGUGCAAUUCUCCAUUACUUUUUGACUUCUAUGACACACUAAAAGAAACAAACUAGCUUCUGUCUGUAAAAUCUCACCUAAAAACUGCGGUUUUGUUCACAUUGAAAAAAGUGAGAUAUGAAAUUGAAUAAAUUAUUAAUUUAUUUCCCUAAAAUCUUUUAUGAAGUUUAGCAGACACAGACUGAAACCACGAUGUUAUUUUUUAUAACUAUUAGAAUAAGCUCGAAAACUAUGUCAGACCAUUAAGAAAGCAACUGAAAUUUAAUGAGCAAGCAGAAGGCAGUUGAUUUUUCUUUAAUCUGGGUCUGGUUUCUUUCAAAUUUGUGCUAUGGAAGUACAAUUUAUUCUAGAAAACAAAUUAAAAGCUUUGUGAUAGGGUGUCGAUCGGCUUACUUUCACCGUGUGCGUGUGUUCAAAGUUGAACGGAUCGUGUAUUCCUAGAGAUGUAAAUAGUUGCUUUCGGAAGAUGUAUUCUUUUUCAAAAAAAAAUGUGAUUUAAAACAGAUAAUUAUUUUUUAAAGUCUAUUUUCCAGAUUAUUCCUAUAGCGGUGAAAAACAGAGAAACAGCCAAUAAAAUCUUCCGUUUAAAUCCUGAAUUCUUCCUAUUAAUUGAUAUGCGUUUAAAUUUAGAUAGAGAUAGAUUUUAUCGUGGAAAAUAUAAAAUACAUAAAUAGUUGUAAGAAGUUCUUAGAAGGUUGAAUGAAAGCGAUGGCAUGUGGUACAAGUGAAUGACAGAGACCGCUAGAUAGAUACCGAACACACAAAUUAAAUUAAUGCAAUAGAUAAAUGUGCGAGACAAUGCGAAGAAAAUAAAUUUAAUCGUUAACCAA